CACAAACAAAGAAUAGCACUUGUAAGCGAAGAUGGGUUCAAAGAGUGUUGCCUUUCUUCUCUCCCUCAACCUCCUUCUCUUUUCAGCCCUUAGCUGCAACACCCCUAAGUGUGUCUCAUCACCACCACCAGUUAAGUGUCCGAAAUUGCAUAUUUGCGCCAACAUUUUGGUUCCCCCUUAUAAACCUGACCCCAAUUGCUGUCCCCUCCUCGGUGGUCUUAUUGACCUUGAGGCCGUCGUGUGCCUCUGUGCCGUUCUCAAGCUCGACCUCGGAAUUAUCAAGGUUGACCUAGACAUUCUCCUCAACCUUCUAUUAAACACCUGUGGACGCCAAACCACCACCUACACUUGCCCACCAUAACAACACAAUAUGUCUCACAUCUUCUCUUAUUUCCUAACAUUUUCCUUCUUUUAUGUUUUAAGUUAAGGAUCAUGUCUGCUACAUCUAUAUGCCUGUGGGCACUAUAAUAUUAUUACCAAUAAAUGAAGAUCUUAACUUAA